UCACUCUCUCUCGUCUCCCGCCGUCUCUUCUCUCGUCUCACUCUCGCUGCCGUCCUCGCCUCGCCUCGACGUCUUCGAUCUCGACCAUCCUCGCCUUGCCGUCUUCGAUCUCGACUAUCAUUGCCUCGCCGUCUCUCGGUCCGGAACCGUCCUCGCCUCGUCGUCUUCGAUCUCGACUAUACUCUCUGGCCCUUAUACUGUCUAUAGGACCAAGCAGAAGGCCCGUGGGCCGUGGAUGUGAUUAAGUCACCCAGAUGGGCCAGUAUGAGUCGGACCCUGAAUGAAAUGGGUUCUUGCAGCUGCCCAGCCCAAUAAUAUCAGGCGUUUUCACCGUCUAGUCAGACCAUUGAGAAGGAGCACAGAGAGAGAGGGUUUCACAGUGUAAGAAAGCAAUGACGACUCGAAUAGCUCCCGGAGUAGGAGCCAAUUUGCUGGGCCAACACUCUGCCGAGAGAAAUCAGGAUGCCACCGCUUACGUCGGAAAUCUUGACCCUCAGGUGACCGAGGAGUUACUUUGGGAGCUGUUUGUUCAAGCAGGCCCUGUUGUGAAUGUGUAUGUUCCCAAGGAUAGAGUGACAAACCUGCAUCAAGGAUAUGGAUUUGUGGAGUUUCGGAGUGAAGAAGAUGCUGACUAUGCAAUCAAGGUGCUCAACAUGAUUAAACUGUAUGGAAAGCCAAUACGUGUAAAUAAGGCAUCCCAAGAUAAAAAAAGUCUGGAUGUGGGAGCAAACCUUUUCAUUGGGAACCUUGACCCUGAUGUGGAUGAGAAGCUUCUAUACGAUACUUUCAGUGCUUUUGGAGUCAUUGUUACAAAUCCUAAGAUCAUGAGAGAUCCAGAAUCAGGAAAUUCACGUGGUUUUGGAUUUAUUAGCUAUGAUUCUUUUGAGGCAUCUGAUGCUGCUAUUGAGGCAAUGAAUGGCCAAUAUCUUUGCAAUCGUCAAAUUACAGUGUCAUAUGCAUAUAAGAAGGAUACUAAAGGGGAGCGUCAUGGUACUCCAGCAGAGAGAGUUUUGGCUGCAAGCAAUCCAGGUGCACAAAAGAGCAGGCCUCACACUUUAUUCGCUAGUGGGCCUCCAACUCAUCCGAGUGUUCCUCAGGCCAAUGGAGCCAUGCCUCCACGCCCAUUUGCAAAUGGUGCUGUUGCUCCAGGCCCAAUACCUGCACUCCGCCCACCACCACCUCAAGCGACAGCCUACCCACCUAUUCCAAUGGCUGGACAACCAGCUUGGCAUGGUCAGCCACCACAACCAGGUCAAACAAUCCCACCACCUGGCAUGCCUCCACAAAUGCAGCAGUUCAGGCCACCUCCCCCAAGCAUGCCACCGCCCCCUCCACAGGCAGCUCCAGGUCCCCCAAGGCCUCUACCACCACCAAUGGGAAUGGGAGGCCAACCACCACCUAUGUGGCGUCAACCGCCACCCCCACCGCUUCAACAUGGCGGUAGGCCCCCUAUGCCACAGACAUCAAUGCCUCCACCACCCCCUCCAAUCCACAAUAACCCACCACCGCUCCCUCCAUCUUGAACUUGGAAUCUUGAGAAAUCAUUCUGAGAGGUUUUGUUACUCCAUAUGACGUCUUGGACGUUUCUUGUUCAAUCUUUUUGUUCUGAAUUCGGAAAUGCUGAUUGUAAUAUGUAUCUCACUUGUUGAGAAAACAAGCAUCUAAGUUUGACUGAAAGGAAUAUUUAGUUUUUGAAAUAUUGUCCU